GACCCCUGUCGGUCCACGUGCAGGACUGGGGUCAGGUUGCACUGGAUGGCUCUCAGUUACGAACGAUGAGACGUCCAUGUCUGAACCGAGGUCGGUCUUGGCCAAGCGAUGGUGCAAGACUGCUUACAUCGUUUCAUAGAUCAACGUGAUUGUCCGCAACUUCUUUUCACAUUUCAUUGACGAUAUUGACCGGCUCCAGGUCGACAAUCGCAUCGAAAUGGACAACGGAACGGCAGAAGCUCCCUGGAAGGCCAAAGCUGCCAUCAAACGAGCAGCAGAAGCGGCAAAGAUUCCCCAAGAAUGGCGCCUAGCGCCUGAAUAUCUGACGGGCAACGAGAAAUCAGACGUCUCGGUCGUCGAAAUCCCAUCCAAAUGCGGCAUUCUUUCUCCCGCGGAAAUCGAAAUCACCGAACGAUAUUCUGCAGUGGCUUUGGGAAGAGCAGUGCAGUCCGGCCAAAUCACGGCUUCGGCAGUGGCACUGGCCUUCUGCAAAAGAGCUGCGAUUGCCCAGCAGCUCACCAACUGCCUGACUGAAACCUUUUUCGAAGAUGCUCUGAAGCGAGGUCGAUAUCUGGACGAUUUCCUCGCCGAGCACAAGAGGCCUGUAGGACCUCUGCAUGGCGUCCCGAUCAGUAUAAAGGACAUGAUGAACUACAAGGGUGUGCCGAGCACUCUAGGCCUCAUUUCGUUCUUGGACCACCCGGUGGCAGAUCAGAAUUCACCACUAGUGGACAUCUUGCUGCACCUGGGAGCUAUCCUGUACUGCAAGACGAACAUCCCACAGACCAUGAUGACUGCCGACUCUGACAACAACGUCUUUGGAAGAACACUCAACCCUCACAGACUCAGCUUGACAGCCGGAGGCAGCAGCGGCGGCGAGGGGGCUUUGGUUGCACUGCGCGGCUCCAUCCUAGGCAUCGGGACUGAUAUAGGAGGCUCCAUCCGCAUCCCAGCCUUGUGCUGCGGUACCUACGGUUUCAAACCCAGCGCCCAUCGCAUCCCUUACGGUGGCUUUGCUGCUUGCAGUAGGCGCGGCUCGCCUGGCUUCCCAUCAGUCGCUGGACCGCUGGCCAACUCGUACGAAGACCUGUCGUUUCUCGUGCAGAACGUGAUUGCAUCCAAACCCUGGGAUCUAGAUGCCAGUGCCAUCCCUGUCCCCUGGCGCGCGGAAGUCGCAAACUCUACUCCCGCAAGCCUGAGAAUCGGAUACUUCAUUGAAUAUCCCACUUUCAAAGUGUCGCCUCCGGUCGUGCGGACGCUAGAGGCAGCAGCGAAGAAGCUCGCCGCUGCGGGCGUGACAGUGGUCCCAUUGACCACUUUGCCAUCCAUCACGGAGGCUCACAAGCUCAUCAGCGACACCUUCUCGUUCGACAACACCAAGACUGCGAUAAGACACAUCCAGGCGGGCGGGGAACCUCUCGUCCCCUCUGUCCUCAAAGUCGGUGGCUCGCUGCUACCCAAGCCCGACGGCUACACCGUGAACGACGUUUUCGACCACAACGUGGCGAAAGCCGUUUACAAGUCCGCUUGGAACAAGAUCUUCGUCGAGAAUGCGUUAGAUGUCAUCCUCUGCCCGGGAGCGGGACAUACCGCCCUUCCGCAUGAUGAGUAUGGCGUGCCGCCGUACACGGCUAUCUUUAACUUGCUGGAGUACCCUGGAGUCGUCAUUCCAAUGGGAUUCGCCGAUAGCAGCAUCGACACCGACGAGCUUGCUAGGCCAGACAUUGUUCCACCGUACGACGCAAAAGCCGUCCACGGCGCUCCCACGUCCGUGCAGAUCGUAGCUCGCAACUACCAUGAUGAGGAGCUGGUCGCCGCCGGCCGUGUAAUUAACCAGAUUUUGAAGUCUUGAUUAGACACCUCAAGUAGAUAUGAAUGUAUUUGAAAAGAACAGUGUUGCCUGCGAACAACCCGCUUCUACGUGCAUACCCUCG